CUAAUUCCCCUGAGUAGUGAACUGUAAUCUCAGUGUAUCUGUACAGCAGCUGCACGACAGUGUGUGUAAAUGACCUUCAUGUUUCCUCACUGGAAUCUUUCCAAAAGUUUCUCCUUCUCUCUGCUGAUAUCAACCACGUGGAGCUCCUCCUCGUCCUCCUCGUCCUCGCCGCUCUCUGUAGACAGCCGGGGCACCGCGGGGCUGCAGCAGUUGUUGUGAGGAAGAGGAAGAGGAGGAGGUGUUGGACCCUGAGCCCAGAACGACCUGCCGGAGAACAGCAGCUGCUGUCGCAGCAUUUGAAAUAGUGAGGCAUCAUGGGCAAUACAAGUGACAGGGUGUCUGGAGAUCGCCAUGGAGCCAAAUCUCAUCGCUCCGACAGCAGUGGCAGCCACAAAGACCAGGAACCCAGCAGCAAGAUGGUGGACAGCACAGACGACCCGAACAUCUUCAACACCCAUGGGCCUGAGUCCAAGGCGUUAGGAGAGAAAGAAUUCACCCCAGAUCUGGAUGACCUGGUGAAGACUGGUCCUCAGGCUCGACCCACUGUGAUCCGAUGGGCAGGGGGAGGGAAGGAGGUCUACAUAGCUGGUUCCUUCAACAGCUGGAACACAAAGAUACCGCUAAAUAAGAGCCAUAAUGAUUUUGUAGCGAUCCUGGAUUUGCCUGAAGGAGAGCACCAGUACAAGUUUUUCGUAGAUGGACAAUGGGUCCAUGAUCCCUCGGAGCCAGUAGUGACCAGUCAACUCGGCACCAUCAACAACCUGAUCCAGGUGAAGAAGUCCGACUUUGAGGUGUUUGACGCCCUGCAGGUUGACUCUCUGGAGUGCUCAGACACAUCAGAUCUGUCCAGCUCCCCUCCAGGUCCAUAUGGACAGGAGCAGUACAGCUUCAGACCAGAGGAGCAUUUCAAAGCCCCACCGAUUCUCCCUCCUCACCUCCUUCAAGUCAUACUCAACAAAGACACCAAUAUAUCUUGUGACCCUGCCCUGCUGCCCGAGCCCAACCACGUCAUGCUAAAUCACCUUUAUGCUCUCUCAAUAAAGGAUGGAGUGAUGGUGCUGAGUGCGACUCACAGAUACAAGAAGAAAUAUGUCACCUCUCUGCUUUACAAGCCUAUUUAAACCUUAACUUGGGUGCACCACAGUGCUUUUAGAAAGCAGCCUGUUUGUAUUCUGCUGUUUUUCUUUUUAUAUCAUCACAUUUAGCCAAAUCCUGCACGGAAACAAGUUUACAGGGGAGCUCAAGGCCGGUGGCUGUGGCUAGGUUUUUAAAAAGGUUGCACAGGGCUGUGAACAAAAAUAGCAAAGUGUGUGUGUAGGGUGUCUGACAGAAACGAAAACCAUACUGUGGCUUUUACCUGUAAUAUCUACAGACAGAGGGACGGACUACGUCACUGUGUGCAUCUGGGCUUUUGCACCUCGUGAUUAUUUGCAUGUUGAAGUGCAAAAAGUUUUUGGUGUGUGCACAUCCAUGUCAUAUGCCACCAUGACAGGUUGAAGAUCUGUGGAUGAUCAUGAUCUCAUUACUGUGGUGUCAACAGUUAGAUUUGUCCACACAUCCUCCUUCAACUGAUUCACUUGAGUUUUUAACAAACUGAAGUGGCGUUUCUGUUGGAAAGCGCAUGUGGAAUGUGAAAGAUAGGAGUUUGAGCUGCUGACAGGAGCAGGAGAUUUGGUUUUGCUUGAAUAUGAAGUGCAAUAAUACUGCUGAAAAAGCAUCUGAUUUUAAUUAAGGCUGCACAAUAUAAAGAUUUACAGACAUUGCGAUAUCAACAUGCACAAUAUAAGUAUUGCAGAAGACUGCUUGAACAGUGAUGACGUUCCAUGUGCCAUGCAUUCAAGCUCUGCACAUCUUUACCACUUUACCAUCCCCUGAGCAGGAGCGUCGAUAGAAGCUUUUAACUAUGCAGCAGACGACUCCUGUACUGUAUUUUCUCUGGACUAUACCAACCCAUUUGUGCUUUUUCUUUUUAGAUGUGAUGAACUUGCAGUGCUUUACAUGUGUGUGUGCAUCUGUACCAAACUCUCCUUAUUGAAUAGAAAUGUACCGUAUGUAUCUGUUGCACGCAUCGUCCUGCACAGAUGCGUGUACACCCAAACACUUUCAACUUGCUGCUUUGCAUGUAUUGAAUGUCUGCAAUGUACAUGAAUACAGCGCUCUGGUACACACACACCUCAAAAUGUGACCUGAUGCACAUUUUCAGAUCAUUUCACAGGGCUAUGAGGGUGAAUAGUUACCAUGAGUUUAAAUGAUGUAAAAACUUGCUCGCACAUGUGUGUUCUUUAUAACUUUUUCAGCUCAUCUGUAUUUGAAGUACGGUGGCUUUAAACAUUAUUUUUGUCUCUUGUCAGUCGUGUUGUUAAUUGUCUGCACUUACAGUACAGUGUAUACCCACAGUUGAUACACUAUUUCAAGAAUCCUGUUCGUGGUCAACUAGACGCUGAAAGUAUUUUGUGAAUGUUGAGCCAUGAGGUUUUGUCAACUAUUUUUUUAGACAGAUAUGAUGUGAUAAGGGAAUAUAUGGACAAAUUCCAUGGAAGUGGUGAUAUAAGGCUAAAACCAAAACUUGAAUUUUACAACUGUUUCAUGAAUGUUUUGAAAGUCGGAACCAGUGUGAACAUCCAAUGUAUUGAGUUUUACCUGUUUGCAAAUAAAGACAGGACACACUUGUCCUAACUCCU